AUGACGAGUGGCACAAACUCUUCAGGACCUUGCUUCCUCUCAAAAAAAAAUCCUAAAAUAGAUGACAACUACUUGAAGGAAUUGAAUGAGGACUUGAAGUUAAGGAAACAGGAACUUCUAGAGAUGCUAAAACCUCUAGAAAAUAAGAACACUCUCUUAUUCCAGAAGCUAAUGGCUAACUUGGAGGAAAAACAAAGGAGUCUGAAGAUCAUGAGGCAGAUCAUGGCAGGGAGGGGAUGUGAUGACUCUUCAGUCAUGGAGCUUAUUAAGGAAGCAGAAGAGAUGAAACAGAACCUGACAUUUGCAUCAGAGGAGCUCCACGAUCAACAGAAAACAUUACCAACAAAGCCCAUGGAAGACUUGCAAGAUGGAAAGGCUCUGACAUCCCCCUUAUCACAAAGGCUCAUGCCAGAGACAUCCGAUGUAAAUAAAGUGGAAGACAUGCAGAAGGAAAAGCAACAAAGGAAAAUAGAAUUGAUCAAGUAUGAGGAACAACACAACAUCCUUCAGAAUGGCUUUCAUGGCAAAGUGAUUGAGCUGAGAAUUGAGGCCUUGAGCAACUACCAGAAGGCCAAUGUCUAGAAAUUAUCACUGUAACACACUUUUGAGCCAAAGCAAGGGGCUUUGAAUCUUCUUAGGCCUCAAGGUAAGACAGGUACCACAACUAUUGAGAGAGCAAUAGCCAACAGAAAUGAAUGCAGGAUGAUGCGAGAAUAA